CACAUAUGUAGGGUCAAUUAAAUUCUGCUUCAUGGUAAUUCGGUUGUGGGGCUAUGGUUAGCUGUUACCUAGUUUCUGGUUCAAGAAAAUGCAGAAUUAGUAACUUAUUUUGCCAGAUGUCAAGAUACUUCAGCAGAUCUUCAGAAAUUAAAGAUUACUAUGCUAUUUUGAAUGUCAAAAGUACAGCAUCUCAAGAGGAAAUAAAAGAAGCUUACCUCGAUCUGUCCAAAAAGUACCAUCCUGACAGGUGUAAUGAUGAAGGAUCAAAGAUGCGUUUUGCUGAAAUAAGUGAGGCAUAUUCUAUUCUCGGGAAGGUUGAAUCUCGCCGAGAAUUCGACACAGUCCGGAAGAUCAACGCUUUUGGAGUUAGUAGUGAUGCUUUCCGAAUGCAAUACCCCAAACCACCAUCUGAUCUUGAUAAAGUUGGUCUCGAGGCUUAUGAAAAUGAAAUGCGCAGGUUAAAUUCAUUUUUGAAUUAUGAUUUCUCUGGUUUUGUAUUAUUUCCCGUUUGUUUAUGGCGACUCUGUGAAGGCCGUAAUACGCGCACAAAAUCCGAGAAGUUUUAACACCGUUUUUAGAGAGCAUACUUUGAAUCCAAAUCAGUUUCCAAUCGAUUUUCUUACAUUUUUACUAAUAUGCGGUGGGCAGAUCGGAUUGCACAAUGGGUAAAGGCACAGGGGCGUUAUGAACUAGAAAGAGGAAUAAAAAUGAAACCUGUUGAAAAUGUUGCCCCAGCUAUUCCGUUAGCGGAGAGAUUCUCUCAAAUGAAUUCUCUUAUAACACUUUGCACUUUUUGUAUUGGUACUGCUGCCAUCAUAUACUCUGUAUACCCAUAACUUGCAUUUCAUUUUCUUUACCUUGUAUAUUAACUUAAAUGGUGUUUUUAUAUAGUAUAGUAUGCAUUUUGAUUUAAAAUGCUCAAUUUUUGAAUAGAGAAUUGUUGUUACUUUAGCACUUAGCGUUGAUGUGGACAACUUCGUUUGUUUGUGAACGCAGUGUGUUUUUUUGUACAGUAAUUAACAUACAAUCGCAAUUUUCAGUGUACACAUGUGUAAUCUCAAUCGAAGUUUUCUUAUAAUUCAGAUUCUCGAUUUUUUGAAUAUCAUAAAUAGAUUGUGAAAAGUGGUAAGCGACCUUAUGCUUUCAUGUAACAGUUAAAUUUAGGUACUGUGGCAGAAUAUAGUCUCAUACUAGAUAAAUUUAUUUGUUACAACACACACACUGAUACAUCAUCAGUGACUAGAUGAAAUUUCGAGUACAUUUUAUUGCUCAUAGUCAUAUCACAGUCUAUUCAUUACAUGACUUCAUAACUUGCUUUAUAUAGAUUUACUCCCUGCUAUUUUGAUUGAAAUUUUACCAUGUAUCCGGUACAAGCGUUGCAAAAUUUCGAUUGCACGUGUUUGGUUUUGAAUUUGAUGAGUGAAAAUUCGGUGAUUGACCUGUCUUUCCAUCUGUAUCACAUGAGUGAGAUCUGCACUCAAACCAU